GACAGAUAGCUGUCGCCGGUCAGGACUGGUGGAAGGCUAUCUGGGAAAUAAUCUGCGUUAAGCUGCUUUAUCUCCGCCUAGCUGAGCCUGAACCGGGACAGACUGCUGCACCACCGGUCCACUGGCAGACCAGACCCCAGCACACGUGGGAAGAAGAAAUAACACAAUGUCGGUGUGCAAAGUUGGCUAAUUCAUCACUUUGUGGAAUACAAGUGGGAAAGGAAAACGCUCCACCAGAACCACAACUUGCUGUUGAUUGAAGCAGAACACAACACAAGUGCACACUGGGAUUUGAACAACGGUGGGAAACUGGCAACGGUGGUCUGGGCAUGGAACAUAUUACACUUUGGAUAUUCUUGAUAACUACUUACGUUUUGCCAGGAGGGAACGGCCAAACUGUAGAGAUGGAUGAUGGGAAAUCAGGGUACAUGGGAUCCAAGGUGGAUCUCCGCUGUCGGUUCAUCAACAGUUCGCCGCCUGUCAAAAUCUCCCAGGUGACGUGGCAGAAACUGGUGAACGGCACCAAGCAGAACGUGGCCAUUGCCAACCCCUCCCUUGGGGUGUCCGUGGCCCCUCCCUACAAAGACCGUGUUACCUUCAAGAACGGUGCGGUGAGGCGUCGCAUCCCUAGUCUCGAAGACACCACCAUCACCUUCUCCUCACUGCGCCUGUCCGACGAGGCCUCCUACAUCUGUGAAUACACCACCUUCCCUGCGGGCAACAGAGAGAACGCAGUCAACCUGACCGUCUACGUUCGUCCCACCACACAGAUGACUCUGUCUACGCCCACUUUGGUGGCUCGUGCGUCCAACCUGAAGACACCGGUGGCUACCUGCAUCUCUGCCAAUGGAAAACCACCUGGCGUCAUCAGGUGGGAGACACGGGUACCGGGUGAAGUGAGCACCCGUGAGUACAGAAACUCAGACGGAACAUUCACUAUUCAGAGCGACUACAUUCUGGUGCCCAGCAGAGAAACACACAAGGAGACGCUCACUUGUGUCACCUCAUACAAUGAUGAGGUGUUCACUGACAGUGUCACCCUGGAUAUUCAAUAUGAGCCAGAUGUUCUAGUGGAUGGCUACGAUGGAAACUGGUACCUGAACAGAGAGAACGUCCAGCUGAGCUGCCAAACCGACGCCAACCCGGCCGUCUCCCUCUACCAGUGGAGGCUGAUUAAUGGCUCCAUCCCAAGCAACACCGAGAUCCGAGAUAACGUCCUCAUCUUUAAAGGGCCGGUCACGUAUGACCUGCAGGGGACUUAUGUGUGCGAUGCCACCAACAGCAUCGGGACCAGGUCAGGCUAUGUGGAGGUCAGCGUUAUAGGUAAGGUGACAGCCCAGCAUGGAGGACAUCCGGUCCAAAGUCACCCUGAUGUCGAUGCUGUCUUUGCAGAGAAGCCUUUACCGCAGAUAGCGACUGGUGAUGUCAUCAGUGUGGUGGCCCUGUUGCUGGCGGCAGGAGUGUUGAUGGGAAUAACCAUUACGGUGCUGGUACUCAAGAUCAGGAGCAGGAAAGAUGAUCGCUCAGACGACUCUCCAUCAAGAAAACUGUCUCAGGCAAUACGGAAAAGACCUGCAGAAGAUAUUCAGCAUUCCGGUCGUUUCUAUGAGGAGCUUCCAAACACAGCGGACUACGUGAGCUACAGAUUAGCGUGUAACAAGGAGGACUACCCAGAGCCCUACUCACCCCCCAUCAACCCCCCCUUGUCCUUUCUUCCCCAGCACCCUUACCACUCCCCACAACCCACCACGGGCACCAGCAUCAGCAGCACCAAUACAUCCAAAAACACCUGCUCUCCACACUCACACACCUCGGCCAUCUUUAAGUACCCGUCAGUAUCAGGCCUGUCCUCUCCUCCCCCCGGGGUCGGGGCGUACACUUUCCCCAAAGAGCAGUACGUCUGAAGGAGCAGGCUGGCUGCUUAUGGCAAUUCAGUUGAAACUUUUCCCAAGAGGAGUAAUGCGUCUCACUCUGGAAUACUUUUUAUUUUUUGGACCGUCUGCACUACUCUCAUAGGACAAUGCAGCUCUGGACUUUUAAAGCACAUUUUCACCCCCCUGUGUCCAAUGUUUGAUUGUCUUUCUUUUUUUAAAGGGACUAUGCUCUGCCUAAUUUAUUGUAGGAUAUCCAUCAAUAACAGUGAAUUAUUAUUUUGUAAGGAAAAAAAUGAUUAUAUUAAUUUUCUGUCUAGUAAUCACUGUUUUAUCCUGCACUCAUGACUCAUCAUAUUUGACCUUUUUUGUCCUAUGUAUUGUGUUUGUAUUUUGACAUGACAUUUUUAUUUACUGGUGUUAUUUUGUUGUUGUUGUUGAAAUUUAAUAGUGUGGUAUCUGUUCUAGUAUUCAUUGACACUGGUUGUUGGAUGAACUUGGAAUUUUUAGCAUUUAAAUAAAAAAAUGAAGCUUGUA